AUGGCUUACGCAUACUUGUUUAAAUACAUCAUCAUUGGCGAUACAGGCGUUGGAAAAUCAUGCCUGUUACUUCAGUUCACCGACAAGAGAUUCCAGCCAGUCCAUGACUUGACCAUUGGUGUUGAGUUUGGUGCUCGGAUGAUCACAAUUGACGGAAAGCAAAUUAAACUGCAAAUUUGGGAUACAGCUGGUCAAGAAGCUUUUAGGUCAAUCACCCGGUCAUACUAUAGAGGGGCGGCAGGCGCGCUCUUGGUGUACGAUAUCACACGAAGGGACACUUUUAACCACCUAACUACCUGGCUCGAAGAUGCACGUCAGCAUUCCAACUCAAAUAUGGUUAUCAUGCUCAUUGGUAACAAAAGUGAUCUUGAAUCACGACGCGAAGUAAAGAAGGAGGAAGGUGAAGCCUUCGCUCGAGAACACGGUCUGGUCUUCAUGGAGACAUUCAAGAGGGAGUGUUUGAUAUUAACAAUGAGGCGAAUGGCAUUAAGAUCGGUCCUCAGCACUCGACGGCAGGAGGCGCUGGCGCCGGCGGUGCGGGUGCUGGCGGUGCAGCGGGCGGGGGCUGCUGUUAGGUGCUGCGCUGCACACACUGAGCGGGCAAAACGAGGAUAG